GACAAGAGACAACAGUUUGAGAAAAUCAUUGUCAUGGGGAUGCCAGAGCGACACGACAAAAGAGACGCCCUUACACUAGCCGCUUCCCUCUCGGACCUUGAGUUCGAAUGGGAAGCAGGUGUUGACGGCUCCGCCAUCGUUGAAAAAGCGAAGCCGCCCAUAAUGGACAAAGAAUUGACGUUGAGCAACAAAACUUUGGGUUGCUGGAGAGCUCACAUGAACGCUUUGCAACGGGUUGUCAAAGAGAAUAUACAGACGGCCCUCAUCAUGGAAGACGAUGUAGACUGGGAUGUCAACAUCAAGCAACUCGCUUUGAAUUUGGCUCACGGCACCAAAUACAUCGAAGGUUCGGAGAACAGAGCCACAAGAUCGCCAUACGGCGAUGACUGGGAGCUGCUAUGGCUUGGCCACUGCGGCAUGAUGAAGAAGCCCGAGCCCCUGGCGCGCUAUUACAUCACCGACAACGACCCGACCGUCGUACCACCGAGUCACUUUCAUUUUCCAAAGAGACCACUUUUGGAUCAGCCGCCUUUAAGUGCCAACUUCACCCGCCUGGUUUUCAAGCCCGAGCUCGGGAUAUGUGCGUAUGCGUACGCCGUGACUCUCGAAGGCGCCAGGAGGCUUCUGCACCAGGAGACGCAAUCUUUCACCUCGGCAAGCGCUGCUGACUUUGCUCUGCGGCGAUUCUGCAGGGUUUACAAGAACUGGGGAACAGCGGCAAAUUGUAUAGGUGCUUGGCCUUCUCUGUUCACGAGCUAUCGGGCUCCUGGACCGACCGGCAAAGACUCGGACCGCACGACCUACGCCGGGCCGGCAUGGAGAGAUGUUGGUAUGUCAUCGCACACCGUGUUCUCCACUCGGCUGAACUUCGAGGCCUUGCUCAAACCAAGAGGUGGUUCACAAAGGGUGAUCAAAAGCCAAUGGCCGGAUGAAACGCUGUUGAGGGAAUACACUGGUGAGCUGAAGUUGCCUCAAGGACGAGGCAUCGAGCUGGUCGGACACGAACGGCUACCGUAGUUCGAACGAGUAUGAUAGCCAGCAAAUUGUCCGGGCAAGAAUAAGAAUGCCUCAGUGCCGUCAGCUAGAUCAGUCUCUCAUGGGCGUUGUACCGCUGCAAGAUCUGCUUGCAAGUUCAUGUCUUAAAGCUGUGACCUGCCGAGAUCAUCAAAGCAGUCCAAGACAAUACUGCUUAAUCGUGGUUCAGUCGUCGCUAUGGAGCAGUAAAACCUUGCCCUCAAGUUUGUCAGCAUCUCGGGCAACGUAACGUCCGCUUAUGCUCUGAUGC